AUGGCCGAACACGAUGCGUUGGUACUUUCGUAUGUUCACUUGAACAACUUCCCGAGAGCAAACGAUGCCCUGCAUACUUUGAAAAAGGUGGCCUCUUUGGUCAAACCCAUCAUGAGAGCGCGCAACUGGAAGGUCCGGGAACUGGCCGAAUUCUACCCCGAGCAGGGAAACCUCCUAGGUCUCAAUAUGAACCGAGGUAUGAAGAUAUGCCUGCGCUUGCGGCAUGCUGGCGACCGGAAUCAGUUCAUGUCCAUCGAGAGCGUCGUCGAUACUAUGCUUCAUGAGCUAUCACACAUCGUGCACGAUGCCCACGAUUCAAAAUUCCACGCUCUCUGGGACCAACUCCGUGACGAACACCAGGGCCUGGUCCUCAAAGGGUAUACUGGUGAAGGGUUCUUGUCCGAGGGCCAUCGGCUGGGAGGUUCCAGAAUGCCCCAACGCGAAGCUCGUCGGUUGGCGCGAGAAGCCGCCGAGAAGCGUCGAGGUCGACCUGGUGGUACUGGUUCUGGAAAACGCUUGGGAGGAGUUGGUCCCCGGCCGGGCGAGAGUAUUCGCAGCGUCAUUGCAGAUGCAGCUGAGCGACGAAACAGAACGCUCCAGGGUUGCGCAACGGAUAACCUCGACGAGGCUCAGAUCCGGAACAUUGCUGAUGCCGCUACAAGGAACGGCUUCCGAACACAGGCUGAAGAGGAUAAGGCCAAUGACGCAGCUAUCGCCCAGGCUCUCUGGGAGUUGGUGCAGGAGGAUGAACAGGCCAAGUAUGGAAGCAGUUAUAUACCACCAACCGCGAACAAUCCAACUGGCAAUGGCGGUGGUGCCGUGAUGAGGGACCAAGGGGGGCCCAAGCCCGCCCCGAGAUCGACAGCAGAACGCUACCGCCUCACGGACAACAAGACCGGCGGCGAAAGCCUCCUCCGUCCCUCAGACAUGGCAGUGUAGCUUUUGUGGGACAGAGAUGGAGAGGCAAUGGUGGACCUGCUCAACCUGUGGAAAGAUGAAGGAUAGUUCAGGAUAGGCUGACGAUUACAUCGUUGGUGGUUAGUAGACGAUGGAUAACCUGA